AUGUCUUCGAAUGUAGGAAAGCGGAAAUAUGGCAAAUGGACAGCGGAUGAUAUGGAGAGAGCUCUGGAAGAAUAUGCUGAAGGAAAAUUGGGCUUGAAUGAGUGUUGCCGAAAAUACGAAAUACCGAAACNAACGUUAUUGCGCCACUUCAGAGGAGGUGUUCAAAGAGGAUCAGAUCGUACUGCCGGAAAGCGAUCGAAUGUUGGUGUUAAUGGUCGAUUAACUGCUUUACCUUCUCAUGUUGAAAACGAGUUAGAAGAACACUUAUUGCACCUUGACAAGUAUUUCUUUGGCUUAACAAUCACAGAUGUGAGGAAUCUCGCUUAUUCCAUCGUNGAAAAAAAUAAUCUGAAGAAUAUUUUCAAUAAAGAAAUGAAGCAAGCUGGUAAAAAGUGGUACUACGGAUUUAUGGCCAGGCACCCAAAGUUGUCACUACGACAGCCAGAAAGUAUUUCAAUAAGUCGAGCUAAAGGAUUCAAUCGAGAAAAUGUAAACGAAUUUUUUGAUUUGUUAGAAGCAGUCGUCGAUCAGAAUAAGUUUGACGCAACCAGUAUAUACAAUAUGGACGAAAGUGGAUUUUCUACAGUCCAAAAGAAAAACAGCAAAGUGAUUUCAGAAAAAGGAAAACACCAAGUGGGUGCCAUUUCGUCUGGUGAAAGAGGAGUAAACACUACGUUCGUCUGUUGUUGUAGUGCAGCUGGCAGCUUCGUUCCACCCAUGAUUAUUUUCAAACGAAUAAGAUUUCACGCCGCCCUUGCCAAAGAUAAACCAGCUGGGAGUUUGAUCGAAGUGUCCGAAAGUGGUUACAUCAAUACGGAAUUGUUCAUUAAAUGGUUACAACACUUCAUCGAAACAGUCAAACCAACUCCUAACAAAAAGGUGUUAUUAUUGUUGGAUGGGCAUACUACUCACUCCAAAAAUCUAAAAGCAAUCAAUCUUGCUCGAGAAAAUGGAGUAAUCAUGCUCCAGUUACCUGGCCAUACCACANACCGCCUCCAGCCUUUAGAUGUUGCAAUUUUCGGACCGAUGGAGACUUAUUACGGACAAGCAAUUCAGCAAUGGCUUAGAAGUAAUCCAGGCAAAAAAGUUUCUCANUUCGAAGUCGCAAAAUUAUUGAAUACAGCUUAUUCCAAAGCUGCUUCUAUCGAAAAUGCUGCACAAGGAUUCAAGGCCACUGGUUGUUGGGAGGUAAAUCGUCACGUGUUUAAAGAAAGUGAUUUUGUGGCAAGCGAUAAUUUGAAUUCCGUUGAGAAAUCCAGCGAUGAAGAAAACGAAGAAGACAUUGACGAUCCUGAUCCUGUCGCCGGCCAAAAUGAAAACGAUUUAAACCUGAUGAACUUAGAUGGUACACCAGCGACACCUUCCAUAUCUCCGUUGAUGGAACUGCAACGUAAGUCAGCGACACCUUCCACAUCUCCGUUAAUGGAACCGCAACCAAGUACAUCGAUGUCAACAUCUCCGUCACAAUUACAAGUACCAGUAAAAGAAAUAAGCCCUGUGCCCGUUCCAAAAGGGAGAACAAAAACCAGAUUUCAAAAAGGAGCGCAGAAAGCUAUCGUAAUAACAACAUCACCCUACAAAGAAGAUUUAGAAAUUAAGCAAAAAAAGAGAUUGGAGAAAGAAGCCCCAAGUUAA